UUCAUAUUUUCAUACUUUUUCAAUAUUAAAAACAAUGCAAGAGCUCACAGUUUUUCAAAUUUUAUUUAUUCUAACUAUUUCGGCUACUGCUAUUCCAAAACCGGAGGACGGGCCUAAACAACGUGUACUGCAUAAGGAUUUAAGUGAUCAGGAACAUUACAUUAAUUCGCAACAUAAUCCAAGUUACGAUCAUGAGGCUUUCCUUGGAGAAGAUGCUAAAACAUUUGAUCAAUUAAGCCCCGAGGAAAGUACUAGAAGAUUGGGAAUAAUUGUUGAUAAAAUAGAUGUGGAUAAAGAUGGAUUUGUUACCAAAGAAGAACUUAAAGAUUGGAUAUUGUAUACUCAGCGACGAUAUAUUCAAGAUGAUAUUAAUCAUCAAUGGGCAUCUUAUAAUUUAAAAGAAAAAGAUAAACUACCAUGGAAAGAAUAUAAAGACAAACUUUAUGGACAUAUCAAUGAAAAUGAAAGUAAUAAUCAAGAUAAAUUAGAAGAGGAAACAUUUUCUUAUGAAGCAAUGCUCAAAAGAGAUCGCAGACGUUGGAGUGCAGCUGAUCUUGAUGGUGAUGAUGCUCUUACAAAAGAAGAAUUUGCUGCAUUUCUGCAUGCAGAAGAAGCUAAUCAUAUGAAGGAUAUUGUAGUAUUAGAAACUAUGGAAGAUAUUGAUAAAGAUGGAGACGGAAAAAUAUCAGUUGCUGAAUAUAUUGGAGACAUGUAUAGAAGUACAGGUGAAGAAGAAGAACCCGAAUGGGUUAAGAAUGAAAAAGAACAAUUUUCAUCUUACAGAGAUAAAGACCGUGAUGGUUUUAUGGAUUUUGAAGAGGUAAAAAAUUGGAUUAUUCCUGCGGAUUUCGAUGAUGCAGAAGCAGAAGCCCGACAUUUAAUUUAUGAAGUUGAUACAGAUGCUGAUCAAAAACUUACUAAAGAUGAAAUAUUAGAUAAAUAUGAUAUUUUCGUUGGUUCUCAGGCAACUGAUUUUGGACAAGCAUUAACAAGACAUGAUGAAUUUUAAUAGUUUCUCAUAUUUUUAUAACAAAAUUCUUACCAAAAAUUCUAUAUCGUAAGCUUCAAUGAACAAAUUAUUAUAUAAUUUAUAAAAUGUAUAUUUACCUGUAUGAAUCAUGAUGUUUUUAUAAAA